AUGAUUCACUCUGGAUCCCAAAUGAUGUUAUCACCAGAUACGUCCCCAGGGGCAGAAGGGCAGUGGGCAGAUAUAUACUGGGGACUCCUUGAACCUGAGGACGGGCAGGAGAACGGCAUACAGUCUUUAUACAACCAAUGGCGACCCUGGGCUCAGAUGCUGCAGCCCUAUGCUCCCCCUGUAGAUCCCCUUCAUGUGACUCUAUUUUAUGACAGAGAUGCCAAUGAACUUUAUCAGCAUGCCUUCUAUCAACAUCUAGAAGGGACUCAGUGGGAUAUUUCAUCUAGUUGCAUUUUGCUAGGGAGAGAAGGUGUGGUGGGUGUUGUGGACUUAACUCCAGAACAGUUGGAAUGGUACGAGAUGUGGGAAGAAGCUAUACUGCAUGUUACCCUGGCUGUGCAUCCUGAAUAUCAGGCCAAAGAUCUGGGACCUAUGUCUAAACGCUUGAUGGAGUUAACUGAUUGGGGUUGGACACAAUUGCCUGGCUUACAAUAUUCGCCUUCGGUUGGGGCUUAUAGACUUAUACACAGAACAACUGACAAGGUGCUGUUGGAACAUCGGCAGAUUGAAAGGUUUCAUGGCAGGGAAAAAACAGACCAUCCACAGGCUGCAGAAAUGCUUGAUACAUUACCGGGUGCCUUGUGGUCAACAGGUUCGACGGACGUUGGUUACUGCAAAUACGCUGUACCAAUCACAUUCGAAUUAAUAGACCACACUCCGAUUUGGCAGAGACAAUACCCACACAAACCAGAGGCUGAAGCCGGCAUUGCUGAAACGAUUGAAGGAUUGGUAGCAGCAGGGGUGCUAGAACCCUCUCAGUCAGCCUGGAACACUCCUAUCUUACCUGUAGAGAAGCAGAAUACAGGCAAGUAUAGGAUGGCGCAUGAUCUUAGACGGAUCAACAGUAUCGUUUCUACUCCAACAAUUUCGGUCCCAAACCCCUACACUGCGAUGUCUGUGCUGACUCCUGACCAUAAGUGGUUCUCGUGCAUUGAUCUGGCCAACGCGUUUUUCUGCGUGCCCUUAGCUGAUCAUUUAAGGGACAUUUUUUCGUUCACCUAUAAAGGCCAGCAACUUCGUUGUACAAGGGUCCCUCAGGGGUUUAUUUUGUCACCUGGGGUGUUCAAUCAGGUACUGAAACAGCAGCUGAAGGACCUGAUGCUCCCAGACGGGGUAGUAUUGAUUCAAUAUGUGGAUGACAUUCUAUUGGCAGCACCCGACCAUGUUUCUUGUUUGGCGGCUACACACUCGUUGCUGCUUCUCCUGUAUAACGUCGGUUUCAAAGUUUCACGGGCCAAAUUGCAAUGCUGCAGACGAACGGUGUCUUUUUUGGGCAGAGUUAUUUCCACUAAGGGAACAGGUGUGUCCCCACCCCAUAGAUCUUCUAUUCUGCAUCAUGCCAAACCAGUCACUGUAAAAGACAUGCUCUCAUUUCUUGGGUUGACGGGAUACAGUAGAUAAUUUGUUCCCUCAUAUGGGGAGCUGACUUUUCCUCUGAGGGCCAUGGUAAAUGAGCAAGGCAUGAGAAAUUUGUCGGCACAUUUGCAGUGGACCACGGAGGCAGACGAAAGUUUCAUAUCCCUCAAACAGGCCCUAACGCGGGCUGCUGAUUUAGCGGUCCCGGAUUACAAAGAGCCAUUUUUCCUUGAUAUUUCUGAAAAAGCGCACACAAUAAAUGGUGUUCUUUUCCAAAGAAAAGGGGGAGGCAGGCAGGUGCUGAUGUAUGUAAGUGUUACCCUUGACCCAAUAGAGGACAGACACCCGCCAUGUACAAGACAUGCAGCAGGGGUAGCAAAAAUUCUCCAAAAGGUAGCACAUAUAGUCAUGGGCCAUUCACUAACAGUACUGACGACACAUAGUAUAGUGGCCUAUGUGAACUCAACAGCUUUUACAAUGACGCCACUGCGGCAGAUCAGGUUAGAAAGGAUCCUGAGUGCACCACAUAUAAGUUUUACACAUGAAGGAAUAAAUAUGGCUGAUAACAUAGGAGAGGGAGAACCACAUAUGUGCGAGGAAAGGGCACAGAGAGACGCCAAAGUAAGACCAGAUUUACAGGCAAUUCCAUUAAUAGAUCCAGAAGAAGUGUUGUUUACAGAUGGUUGCUGCUACAGACAUCCAACGGAAGGACUGAAAGCAGCCUAUGCAGUGGUGCGACAGACAAGUGAGGGAUUUGAAGAAGUAAUGACAGGAAAAAUGACAGGCAAAGAAUCAGCCCAAUGUGCUGAACUACAGGCAAUGAUAGCUGCGUUAGAAUGGUCAGAAGGAAAAAGAGUAAACAUUUACACCGAUUCUGCAUAUGUGGCAGGAGCCAUACAGGUAGAACUUAGCCAAUGGAUCAGAGCAGGAUUCUUAACAGCAGCAAAAACCCCAAUUAAACAUGAAAAAGAGAUGAGGAGAUUAGCUGUAGCCCUACUGAAACCUGCACAAGUGGCAGUGAUUAAGUGUAGAGGACAUGAUAAAACUGAUACAAUAGUAGCUAAGGGCAAUCAGGAAACAGACUUAGCAGCAAAAAAAGCAGCAGGAUACGUACCCCAGUACAUAAUGAUGCAAACAGAGAGAACAGUAUAUGACCUGCUGCCCGUCUGCGAUGCAAACGUGUUAAUAACAGAGCAGCAAAAAGCCUCUCCUCAUGAACUGACAGUAUGGAGAGAGAGAGGGGCCAUAGAGUCAGAAGGAAUUUGGAGGUCCCCGGACGGUAGACCAGUGCUACCCCCAGGUUUGAUAGCUUCCAUGCUCCAGGAAGCUCAUGGGUUGACACACUGUGGAAAGACGCAGAUGCUGAGGUAUCUGACACAUUGGUGGCAGCCGUACUUGCCAGCAAUGGUUGAAAAUUAUAUCAGAGAAUGUAAAACAUGUACAGAAUAUAAUGUAAAAGCAACAGUGAAACCACACGAGGGAAAAUUCCCUCUUCCAAGAAUGCCAGGUCAGGAAAUAGUGAUUGACUACACUGAUAUGAUAGAGAGAGUAAAUGGAUACAGGUACCUUUUGGUAGCAGUGGAUGCAUACACUGGUUGGCCAGAAGCGAUACCUGCGAAGAAGGAGGAUGCCAAGACAGUGAUCAAAUUUUUGAUAAACCCAUAUAUUCCAACACAUGGCUUUCCAAACAAAGUCAGGUCAGAUAAUGCCACACAUUUUAAGAAUGAAGACCUGCAAAAAGUAGAAGCAGCCUUAGGACUGAAACAUGCAUUUGGAACGGUGUACCAUCCUCAGUCACAGGGCAAAGUAGAGAGAAUGAACCAGUCCAUAAAGGGGAAAAUAGGAAAAGUGUGUGCACAAACGUGGUGA